AUGACGGACAUCCGCCUGUCGCUCCUGCGCAACAAACACCGCGCAAGCGACUACGCUCCCCUUGCCGACAAUCCAGACUCCGCCUCCACCUCUCCUCGCCCUCGAGCAGGCUCGAACUCUCGCUCACACUCCAACUCUACGUCCCGGGCCUCACGCAUGCUGGGCAACAUGAAACGGCGCUACUCGCGCGACGAUGAGCACGACGAGGGCGCGCGCUUACUAGCAGACGAAGAAGCCACAGAAGAACGCAUCGAGAUCGGGCCCAUAUCGCGCUCGCCCUCCUCAUCCUCAUCCAAGAAAUCCAAAGGCGCACGCACAUUCGCCCCCGGCACGCCCACGCCCUGCGCGCCCAACGUCGUCCGCAACCAAAAAUACACACCUAUAACAUUCCUGCCCGUGGUCCUGUACGAGCAGUUCAAGUUCUUCUUCAACCUCUAUUUCCUCUUGGUUGCACUGUCGCAAUUCGUGCCGGCGCUCAAGAUCGGGUUUAUCGCUACCUAUGUCGCGCCGCUGGCGUUCGUGCUGGCUGUUACGGUCGGCAAGGAGGCGUGGGACGAUUGGUUGAGGGUGAAGAGGGACAGAGAGGCGAAUGGCGCUUUAUACGUUCUACUCGAUACAUCACCUACCGCCCGCUCCUCGUCUUCCGCACGUGGUGGGAAUGGGAGAUACGCAGACGAGGAGGAGCACGAGACGCUAUUCGACGCCGAGCCAGGACUGGACCACGAGCCCCCGACGCGCAUCGUAUCCUCGUCGGCCCUGCGCGUGGGCGAUCUGGUCGUGCUGGAGAAGAACGCGCGCGUGCCGGCCGACAUGCUCCUCCUCCGCACACGCGACUCGAGCGGGACGUGCUUCGUGCGCACGGACCAGUUGGACGGAGAGACGGACUGGAAGCUACGCGUCGCGGUGCCAUCCACACAGUCCCUGCGGUCCGACAACGCGUUGCUCGACUUUAUUGCUGCGAAGGGCGAUCACGGGGAUGGCGAUGGAGAGGGUGGGAGAGUGGAGGUGUACGCCGCGCCGCCGUCCAAGGAUAUUCAUUCAUUCGUCGGGACGUUCAGAGUAGGCGAGCGCGAGGAACCGCUAAGCGCCGAGAACAUGCUCUGGGCGAAUACCGUGCUCGCCGCUGGAUCGGUGAUCGGCUGUGUGGUCUAUACCGGUCCGGAGACGCGUGCGGUUAUGAAUACCAGCCACCCAAAGACCAAGGUUGGGUUAUUGGAUAUGGAGAUCAACGCGCUAGCGAAGAUCCUCUGUGCAGUCACAUUCGCCCUCUCGCUCGCGCUCGUAGCGCUCAACGGGUUCCGCGGACCAUGGUACAUCUACGUCAUGCGUUUCUUGAUUCUCUUCAGCAGUAUCAUCCCCAUCAGUCUGCGCGUGAACCUCGACAUGGGCAAAACGUUCUACGCACGCGCUAUAGAGCACGAUAACGCCAUCCCGGGAACCAUCGUCCGAACGAGCACAUUACCCGAAGAGCUCGGGCGCGUCGAGUACCUCCUCAGCGACAAGACCGGCACUCUUACACAGAACGAGAUGGAGAUGAAGAAACUACACAUGGGAACAAUGGCAUUCGGCUCCGACGCCAUGGACGAAGUGUCCGAACGGCUCGCAGCGGCAUUCCAAUCUCUUUCCCCACAUACACGGCAGCAAAGUGUGACUAGUCCGACGAAGCAGGGCUUCGGAACGGCUGGGGCGGGGAGGAGGAGGGAUAUGAGUGCGCGGGUGAGGGACGUUGUGUUGGCGUUGGCUUUGUGUCAUAACGUCACGCCGGUUGUGAACGAUGAUGGGAGUACGACGUAUCAGGCUUCGAGUCCUGACGAAGUCGCGAUCGUACAAUGGACAGAGAGCGUCGGCCUAACACUCACCCACCGCGACCGCACUUCGAUGACCCUAACGACCUCAUCCGGCCACACACUGCACUACGCCAUCCUGCACGUCUUCCCCUUCACAUCCGAGUCCAAACGCAUGGGCAUCGUCGUCCGCUCCACCACCUCCCCCCCUUUCCAUAACCCUUCCUCACACCAACCACCGCAAACAUCCACCGCAUCCCUAAUCGACGACACCGCCGAUUGGGGCUCAGAAAAGACGCAAGGGAAGGGCAGAGAGGAGGAGGGCCAGGGCGAGGUGCUGUUCUUCCAGAAAGGCGCGGACGCCGUCAUGGCGAAGAUCGUGGGCCGGAACGACUGGCUCGACGAGGAAUGUGCGAACUUCGCGCGCGAGGGGCUGCGGACGCUCGUUGUGGGGCGGAGGAGGAUGGGGAGGGGCGAGUAUGGCGCUUUCGAGGAGGCGUAUCGCGCGGCGAGCGUGAGCACGGAAGCAAGGAGCGAGAAGAUGGCGGGCGUCGUGGCGCAGUAUCUCGAGCGGGAUCUGGAGCUGCUGGGGUUGACGGGUGUGGAGGAUAAGCUGCAGGAUGGGGUUCGCGGCACGAUCGAAUCCCUGCGCAACGCCGGUAUCCGCGUAUGGAUGCUCACGGGCGACAAAGUCGAGACCGCGACUGUUAUCGCGAACAGUACGCGCCUCGUUAGGAGAGGGGGGUGGGUGCGGCAGGUCGUCAAGCUGAAAGACGCGGACGACGUGCGGCGCGAGCUUGACUUUUUGCAGAGCAAGACGGACUGUACGCUUGUCAUCGAUGGCGAAAGCCUGCAGCUCUGCAUGGAGCUCUUCCUCACCGAGUUCAUCGCCAUCACGACCAAACUGCCCGCCGUCGUAGCGUGCAGGUGUUCACCGACGCAGAAAGCGGACGUUGCGAGGGCUAUACGGGCGCAUACAAAGGCGCGCGUGGCGUGUAUCGGUGAUGGCGGGAACGACGUAUCGAUGAUCCAAGCCGCAGACGUCGGCAUCGGCAUCGUCGGAAAAGAAGGCAAACAAGCCUCCCUCGCCGCGGACUUCUCCCUCACCCAGUUCUCGCACCUCACCAAGCUCCUCCUCUGGCACGGCCGCAACUCGUACCGGCGCUCCGCGAAGCUCGCGCAGUUCGUCAUCCAUCGCGGGCUGAUCAUCAGCGUCAUGCAGGCCGUUUUCAGCAGCAUAUUCUACUUUGCGCCGAUCGCGCUGUAUCAGGGGUGGCUGAUGGUCGGGUAUGCGACGGUGUAUACUAUGGCGCCGGUGUUCUCGUUGGUGCUGGAUAGGGAUGUGAGCGAGGAUGUCGCGUUGGGGUAUCCGGAACUAUACAAGGAGCUCACCAAGGGCCGCGCACUCAGUUACAAAACCUUCUUCAUGUGGCUCUUCGUCAGCCUGUACCAAGGCUCGGCCAUAAUGCUCGCCUCGCUCGCCCUCUUCGAGACCGAGUUCCUGAACGUGGUCUCCAUAUCGUUCUCGGCGCUCAUCUUCAACGAGCUCAUCAUGGUCGCGCUCGAAGUUACCAUCUGGCAUCGGUGGAUGAUCAUCUCGCUUGUUGUGACGGCGUGUAUAUAUGCGGGGAGCAUGUUUUUGUUGCCGGAGUACUUUGAUCUGGCGUUCGUGCUCAGCACGCGGUUCUUGUGGAAAGUCGCGGUCAUCGUGGGAGUCAGCGCCGCGCCGCUGUGGAUAUACAAGCUCGUGCACAGCCGCGUCGCGCCCGCUGCGUCGAGCAAGCUGCUGUAG